UUAUAAUACAGAAGCUAUUAUCGUCUAUGGAUUAUCACAUAUAUACCAUAUAUGUAUACAUAUUAUAGCCUUUGUAAAUGAACUGACUCAGUGCCAUCUCGGUACAUUCUGUCGGCGAUUAUAUAAGACGUCCCAGUGUCCCACCGAAAUCAAAGUAAAUCAUUUGUGAUAGUGCUGUCGAACGGGAAAAAUACCAACUCCGUUGAUGUUUAUAACUAUUCCAGUGUGCGAAUUUCUAUCGUCUACCUCGUGUAAAUACUGAACACAUACGUUUUACACUUUAAUAUUACCCACAAUGAGCCAACAAAAGGCUGUUGUCAUUCUAUUAUUGAAUGUAUUUUUUACAACAUUCAUCUGUGCCCAAUUUGGUAGUCCUGCAGGCAAUAGCAAUCCCGGAUACGGUGGUAUAGGUACCAGUGUACCAUCAGGAGACUAUGGACACAAAGGCCAAAAUCCCGUCAGAGGACCUAGUGGAUCAGAUGGAAAUUCAGAAUCUGAGCCGUUCAACUUUGCUUUCCAAGUGAAAGAUGCACCCACCAAUACAUACUUCAUGCACGAAGCCAACAGUGACGGCAAACAAGUGACCGGAGCGUACAGUGCACUUCUUCCGGAUGGUCGUAAUCAAGUAAUGACAUAUGUAGCCGACACAAAUGGUUACAACGCCAAAGUCAACUAUGAAGGGGAAGCUAAACCACAACCAUCUCAACCAGACAGCCAAAGAAGUUAUCUGUCCAGGCCGGGUUCUCCUGCUUUGACUCCAAGUAGUGACCCAUUGUCUGCCCCAGGUUAUAUCAUCUGGGUACCACUUAUAAGAAAGGGUGAUAAGGGAUCUUCUCGACCCAAACCAAAGGAGGAUUCUGAUGACCUGAAUUUUGAUUUUUAAUAUUUUAAUUAAUUUUUUAAUUAUGUAUUUAGUUUUUAACUUUUCAAGUUUUUUGACUGACCAAAUAACUUUAUUAUUAUUAUUAUUUUGACAGUAAUUAAAAGAAAAACUACUCAAAAUUUUCUUACGCCUGUAAAUUAGAGGUCUCUAUUUCAAGUGUAGUUACAUUCACAGAUACACGUAAAAUUAAAAUUCACGGAUCAUGCAAUCACAUGAAAUAAAUUAACGUGAAUUUGUGAAUACGUGAGUCCGUGAAUUUUGUUAUUAAAUCACGCAUUUAUUAUUACAUUUGAAAUUUUAUUUUCAAUACAUUUAGUAUCUUCCAAUGACUUCCUAGUUUUUACAUGGAAUUGAACGGUGAUCAAUUAUUUAUUACGAACAGAAUAUCCACUGAAAACUAAUAU